ACUGGCUGCGCAGCUGAGCCCCCCUAAAAGUGCGGACUCGCUUAGACUUCGCCUUUCCCUUUCUCGUAAUGCUGUUCCCUCGUCAUCGACGUUGACGCUGUAUCCAAUCCUUGAUGAGGACGCGGGGAAAAAGGUUUUAGAUCAGUGGAGAACGCUUCAAGAUGCGGCCGCUGCCCAGGGACAAUCAUUUACAACUACAUGCAGCUUUUCAGUCAUCGCCGAAGCGUCGGUGCAAGCAAUCCGCAAAUUCAAGACGAGGAGGCCCGGGAGCAUGCACCGGUGGGAUUUGGUACACCCAGCUAUUAAGCAGUUUGACGGCGAAAAGCCGCUCAUCUUGGAGAUGUUUAAGGGUGUCCCGGGUGCGCUUAAGUAUGUGGAAGAGGAUCUGAAAGACGACCUUGAGUUCGUUCUUAAGGCGCUCGCAAUAUCCGACAACUGCCUUCAGUAUGCGAGUGAACGGUUGAGAAAUAC